CCCGGCUGGAUUCUGGGGUCCGGAACUGACUGGCUGUAGCCAAUCAGAAUCUAGGAACACGAGGUCUCCCCGACUUUCCUUAUGAAGCAACAGAAACCCCGAGAUCGCUGGGUGACCCAGGUGGCAGCAGUGCAUUUUCCGGUGGCCCUGAGACCCCUUGAGGCUUGGCGGGGGUGGCCCUGUUACCCAGUCUCACGCCAGUGGGCAGCCAGAGAGGGCCAUGGGGACCACACGCCCCUCUGUGUCCGGGGAGGCUACCAGGUGCCUGCCAGCCCGUGAAUGAGCCGGACCCCAGCCAUCACCCCCGGGUCCCCCACGUGCGAAGGGCCCCGGCUGGCCGCCCCGGGCAUGUCCUGCCAGCCUUCAGCCUGAGCCGGCGGCCCCCGCCCCCGCCCUCCCCGCCAUCCUGCACUGCCCCAGCUCCCCCGAGACCCCCACGCUGCAGUGUGGCCGGGCUCCCUCCCCGCAGGGGCCGCCCCCGCCGCCUGGCCCCGGUGCCCGGGGCGGCGGCCCAGCGCGCAGAGCCAUGAAGCUGCAGGCCGUGAUGGAGACCCUCCUCCAGCGGCAGCAGAGGGCACACCAGGAGCUGGAGGCACGGCAGCAGCCGCCCCCGCCGCCCGAGACCCCUGCCCCGGGACCCACAGCCCGGAUACGGGCCGCCCCCGAGGAAGACAGGGACCCCGACAGCGCCCGCAUGCAGCGGGCACAGAUGGCCGCAUUGGCUGCCAUGCGGGCUGCCGCUGCUGGCCUUGGACACCCGCCCAGCCCUGGUGCUGGCUCUGUGGAGGGUCCUCCCGGUUCAGAGGACGAGGACAUGGACCAGGAAGGAGCUCCUGGCUCGCCUGGCCGAGGCAAGGAGGGGCUGGGGCAUUUGGAAGGAGACAGACCCUUCGAGGACAUGGGCUCUGAUGAGGACAUGAAACAAAAGUGGGAGGAGGAAGAGGAGCUCGAGGAGGAUAUGGGGGACGAGGAAGAGGAGGAAGAGGAGGAGGAAGAGGACUUCGAGGAGGAGGAAGAGGAGGAGGAGGAAGAGGGGCUGGGCCCCCCGGGCCCCCCAGGCCUGGGCUCUGCGGGCCUCUUCCCCCGCAAGGCCCCACCGGCCCAGGUCUUCCGUGGCGAUGGCGUCCCCAGGGCACUCGGAGGUCCUGAGCGGCCGGGACCUGGCCCUCCACAGCCCAGCGGGGCCUCCCACGUCACCUCCCAGCUGCAGCCGCCGGACCACGGGGACUGGACCUACGAGGAGCAGUUCAAGCAGCUCUAUGAACUGGACGGGGACCCCAAGAGGAAGGAGUUCCUGGACGACCUGUUCAGCUUCAUGCAGAAGCGAGGCACCCCGGUGAACCGCAUCCCCAUCAUGGCGAAGCAGGUGCUCGACCUGUUCAUGCUGUACGUGCUGGUGACCGAGAAGGGCGGUCUGGUGGAGGUCAUCAACAAGAAGCUGUGGCGGGAAAUCACCAAGGGCCUCAACUUGCCCACCUCCAUCACCAGUGCCGCCUUCACGCUGCGGACCCAGUACAUGAAGUACUUGUACCCCUACGAGUGUGAGCGGCGGGGCCUGAGCAGCCCCAACGAGCUGCAGGCGGCCAUCGACAGCAACCGGCGGGAAGGCCGGCGCCAGAGCUUUGGCGGCUCCCUGUUCUCCUACUCGCCCGGCGGCGCCCACGGCAUGCUGUCCUCACCCAAGCUGCCUGUGCAGUCCCUGGGCCUGGCCGCCAGCACCAACGGCAGCUCCAUCACCCCGGCCCCCAAGAUCAAAAAAGAGGAGGACUCGGCCAUUCCCAUCACGGUCCCCAGCCGCCUGCCCGUGUCCCUGGCGGGCCACCCCGUGGUGGCGGCCCAGGCAGCUGUGCAGGCGGCAGCAGCCCAGGCAGCGGUGCAGGCGGCGGCCCAGGCGGCCGCCCUGGAGCACAUCCGGGAGAAGCUGGAGUCCGGGGAGCCGCCGGAGAAGAAGAUGGUGCUGGUCUCAGAUGAGCAGCAGCGGCUUCUGCACCGGGCUCUGCAGCAGAACCUGCUGGCCAUGACCGCCCAGCUGCCCAUGAGCAUCCGGAUCAACAGCCAAGCCUCUGAGAGCCGGCAGGACUCAACCGCCAGCCUCGCGGGCACCAACGGCAGCAACAGCAUCAGCAUGUCGGUGGAACUCAACGGGAUCAUGUACACAGGGGUCCUGUUUGCUCAGCCGCCGGCCCCCACAGCACCCUCAGCACCCAGCAAAGGUGGUGGUGGCAGCAGCACCAGCAGCAGCAGCUCAGGUGGCCGGGGAGGACCCACGGGGACCAGCUCGGGCAGCCAGGCGGGUGCAGCGGGGCUGGCUGCACCCCCUACAUCUUCUACCUCAAAUAACUCUUUGCCUUAACUCUGUGGCUCCCCGCCUGCCGGCUGCCACCCCCCAAGCCCCCCACCCCAGGAGCCUGACAGUGCCCGGGUCUGGGGUCCAGGAGGGCACGAGUGACCGGUGGGCAGAGCAGAGCCUCACCACGAAACCACAUUGACGCCAAAAAAGGAAAGAGAAAAGAAAAAAGAAUAUAUAUAUAUAAAUACAGAUAUAUAAAGCAAAUUUAAUAAAAACAGGGGGAAAGCAAGGAACACUUGAAUUUCUCAGGUUUGGGACAUUGAGAGAUGAAUCGUGAGGAGGAAACCGAGCCACUGGAGCCCCGGAGUCCUCCGUUCCGCUCCCAGGGAAGUGGCCAGGCCGCAAUGUCAAAGCCAACCCUGUUUACCUCAUACAUCCCUGCACUGUGUGUUCGGAUUUUCGUCUGUUUUUUGUUCUUUUUGUUUCUGUUUUUCAAUUUUCACUUUUUAUUUUUAUCCGUGACCCACUCAUCACACCCAGCUCCUUGUGUUGAAUGAAACCCCUGAGCCAAGAUCACUGAUUUUUCUUUUCUUUUGUUUUUCUUUUUUAAUUUCUUGCUGUGGGAAGUUUGGGGUGCUUUUUUUUUCCAUUCUCCCCCCCCCUUUUUUUUUAAAUAGUGACCCUCAAACUCCCAAAGGGUUUUUAAGAGAUUUGGGGGGGUUCUGUUCUGUAAAUAUUCUAUUUUAUUCUUGGGGGGUGGGGCUUUAGGAAGAGGAUAUCCAUAUAUCUAUAUAUCUAUAUAUUUGUGCUCAUUCAGGGAUUAGGAAAAGCAAAGGAAACACAAACCCAACCCCAGCAAUAACCAUUUUUAAUUUUUCUGACUGGUUUGGGCUCCUGGGGGUGUUCCUGGCGGCCGGUGGGUGGCCCUGGAGCCCAGGGUGCUGGACGCUCAGAGCAGGGAUGGGGUGGAAAGAAUCCAGGCCGGGGGUCCCGGGCACGGCCCCAGGCUCCUGUCUCAGGGAUGAUUUGGGGGGGUGAGCCAGGCCCAGCUCAGGGUGAGGAUUCAGGGGCCCGGCAACCCGAACCCCGACCCUCCGCUCCCCGCUCUUCUCGCCUUCCGCUUGGGGCUGAGAUUUUUGUGCUUCCGCCGUGACAGUCAACAGACAGAGGCCCAGAAAGGACCCUGGGUCCCCCCACCAUGCUAAGAAAAUGAGGGGCGGCCGUGGUGGGGUCUGGGGGACUUUGAGGCCUCUGUGCCCUUGUCCCUGGGACCCCGCCAGGCUCUGAUCACCCUGGACUUGGUGCUAACCAGGCUGCAUGUGGCAUGGGCUGAGGCUCCCCCAGACCCCCGGCCUGAGAAGGGGGGACCCGCUCUUUCUGUGUUUUGGGGUCCCUGCUGGGCCCCUUUUGUCCAUUCUCCCAGGAGGGGUGGUAGGCACUGUGUGUGGGGUGUCUCUCAGCUUUUCCUUCUGGAAGGUUCUGCCUGCCCCCUUUUGGGGGGCUGGUGUCUUAGCACAAUCAUUCCUGGGUGUGUGUGCCCGGGGUAGGGGGCUCUUGUGCCGGGACUCAAUCUUGGCCCCCUCUGCAAGAACCACCUGUAGCUCUGGACACAGCCGGCCACUCCGUCCCCUCUGGACAAGGCGGCUCUCGGGGCCACCUUGGGCAAUGUCCACUGUACAUUUCUUUCUACCUCAGGUCUGACUUCCGAUGCCAAAAAUCCGUCCCCCAUCUCCUUUCUGUCCCCCCUGCUCAGGCCGUGGGGUGUCCCGGGGUGGCGCAUGCAGGCCUGAGCUUCCAGCCUUCGCGAGUGGACUGGAUCCCAACUCAGGACAGUGGCCCGGGGCAGCCCCAAGAUUGCAGGAUGGGGUGUGUGAGGGUUCCUGGGACCCCACAGAUCAGAAGCUGGGGUCGCCGGGUGAGGCCCCCCCAGCCUCACCGGGUCCCUGCCAUUGCCUGCUGGGGGGGGUGGGAAGGGAUGUCUUUUGGGGGAGCAGCACAGGCUCCCCUUAUGCAAAGUGGAGUGAGGGUGGGGCCCGGGUCAGGGCCGCAGCACUGUGCAGGUGGGGCCCCCAAACUCAGGGUAGUCAGGGGUUUGCGGGGACCCUUGGACAGGCUGAUUCUGAAACCCUUUUUGGGCCCCCUAGGCCGGGCUUGGGGCUCUGGCUGGAGGACGGGGCAGGGGGCGGGGACAGGUCAGCGGGCCAGCGUUUGUAAGAGUCGUGCGUUUGUACAGUUUCAUUUUUCCCCCCACUGUAUGACUUUUAUCCAUUUCCUUCCUGUUCUUGUUUUUCCAUAACUUUUGAUUUUUGCUUUUAUUUUGUUCUGCCACCUGUCCCCUCUUUGACAAACACAAACUCAUCCUUGACCUGUGACACAGAUAUUUCAGUCUCUCUGGGGCUUCUCGCAUGGUGUGGUGAUCACACCGGAACUCAGGUAAAAGAAAAAAAAAAACCUUAAAAAAAUCCUAAAAAACAGGAAAACAAAUGGUAAAAACUGCUGUCUACCUCUGGCUGGGCCCCCCGGCUCGCCCCGGCCGCGGCGGGGAUUUACAACAAUGUUCAGGUUUUUUGAAGCUCAUUCAGGUAUUAAAAAGAAAAAAAAUUUAAAAAAAAAUUACAAAAAGACCAAAAAAAAAAAAAAAAAGAGGAAAAAAAAGUGUGAUUUUGAAAUUUAAAAGAACACUGAAAGUUUACAUUUUAUAAUAACGUUAUUAUGCAAAUUGUAUUUAAACUUCAGAAAUAUUUAAAACAACUGUAACCCAGAAAAGCUCGUAAGAUUAAAACAAAACACUUCUGACUUUAACAGAAAA